GUCACCAGUCUUUAUCCAGGACCCACUGCGAAAGAGCCAUGUGGACAGAGCAGAGGCAGCGAUGGAGAAGGGCAGCAGGUCGCUUGGUCGGCGCUCUGGAUGCAGUGCUGGACUCCAGUGCACGGGUUGCCCCAUUUCGGAUUCUGCUGCAGGUCCCUGGGUCCCAGGUCUACUCCCCCAUCGCAUGCGGUGCAACAUUAGAGGAAAUAAACCAGCACUGGGACUGGCUGGAGCAGAAUCUCCUCCAUACUUUGUCUGUCUUUGACAAUAAAGAUGACAUUGCCAGCUUUGUCAAAGGAAAAGUAAAGGCCCUGAUUGCUGAAGAGGCCAGCAGCCGGCUGGCUGAGCAGGAGGAGGAGCCCGAGAAGUUCCGAGAGGCCCUGGUGAAGUUUGCAGCCAGGUUCAACUUCCCCGAGGCGGAGAAGCUGGUCACCUACUACUCCUGCUGCUGCUGGAAGGGCCGGGUGCCACGCCAGGGCUGGCUGUACCUCAGCAUCAACCACCUCUGCUUCUACUCCUUCUUCCUGGGCAAGGAGCUUAAACUUGUCAUCCCUUGGGUCGAUAUCCAGAAAUUGGAAAGAACGUCCAAUGUGUUCCUCACGGACACUAUCCGGAUCACCACACAGAAUAAGGAGCGCGACUUCUCCAUGUUUCUGAACCUGGAUGAAGUGUUCAGGAUCAUGGAGCAGCUGGCGGAUGUGACACUCCGGAGGCUUCUGGACAACGAGGUCUUCGACCUGGACCCAGAUCUGCAGGAGCCGAGCCAGAUCACCAAAAGGGACCUGGAGGCGCGAGCACAGAACGAGUUCUUCCGAGCCUUCUUCCGGCUGCCCCGGAAGGAGAAGCUGCGUGCGGUGGUGGACUGCGCCCUCUGGACGCCCUUUAGCCGCUGCCACACCGCGGGCCGGAUGUUCACCUCCGACAGCUACAUCUGCUUUGCCAGCCGUGAGGACGGCCGCUGCACCGUGGUCCUGCCUCUCCGAGAGGUCGUGAGCAUCGAGAAGAUGGAGGACACAAGCCUGCUGCCCAAUCCCAUCAUCGUCAGCAUCCGCAGCAAGAUGGCCUUCCAGUUCAUCGAGCUCAGGGACCGGGAGGGCCUGGUGGAGAGCCUGCUGGCGAGACUGAAGCAGGUCCACGCUGACCACCCUGUGCGCUACGAUGACGACAUGACAACACCUGUGUUUUACUCAAGCAUGUGUGGUGACCACAAGUUUGGGGAUCUCGAAAUGGUGUCCCCUCAGAGCAGCGAGGAGAGUGAGAAGAGCCCACUGCCGUGCCCCGAGUCCCUGACCCCCGUCUUCCCUCAGUCAGGCAGCCAGAGCCCUGACUCGCACCUGUCCCGGGAGCAGAUCAAGGUCAGCCUGUGGAACGACCACUUCUCGGAGUAUGGCAGGACUGUGUGCAUGUUCCGCACUGAGAAGAUCCGCAAGUUGGUGGCCAUGGGGAUCCCCGAGGCUCUGCGGGGGCGGCUCUGGCUCCUCUUCUCAGAUGCUGUGACGGACCUCGGGUCGAACCCGGGUUACUACGGGAAGCUGGUGGAAGAGUCGCUGGGGCGGUGCUGCCUGGUGACCGAGGAGAUAGAGCGUGACCUGCACCGCUCCCUGCCCGAGCACCCGGCCUUCCAGAACGAGACGGGCAUCGCUGCUCUCAGGAGGGUGCUUACGGCCUAUGCCCACCGCAACCCCCGCAUUGGGUACUGCCAGUCCAUGAACAUCCUGACCUCCGUGCUGCUGCUGUAUGCCAAGGAGGAAGAGGCCUUCUGGUUGCUGGUCGCUGUGUGUGAACGGAUGCUGCCUGAUUACUUCAACCACCGAGUAAUCGGGGCUCAGGUGGACCAGUCUGUCUUUGAGGAGCUCAUCAAGGAGCACCUCCCGGAGCUGGCGGAGCACAUGAAUGACCUCUCGGCCCUGGCAUCCGUCUCACUCUCGUGGUUCUUGACCCUGUUCCUCAGCAUCAUGCCCCUGGAGAGUGCCGUGAAUGUUAUGGACUGCUUCUUCUACGACGGGAUCAAAGCCAUCUUCCAGCUGGGGCUGGCUGUGCUGGAAGCCACUGCUGAGGAGCUGUGCAGCAGCAAGGAUGAUGGUCAGGCCUUGAUGAUCCUCAGCAGGUUUCUAGAUCACAUUAAGAAUGAAGACAGCCCAGGGCCCUCCAUCGGCAGCCACCAUGCCUUUUUCUCUGAUGACCAGGAGCCCUACCCUGUGACUGACAUUGCUGACCUCAUCCGGGACUCCUAUGAGAAAUUUGGGGACCAGUCUGUGGAGCAUAUAGAGCACCUGCGCUGCAAGCACCGGAUCCGGGUCCUCCAGGGGCAUGAGGAUACCACGAGGCAGAACGUGCUCCGUGUGGUCAUUCCCGAGGUCUCAAUUUCUCCUGAGGACCUGGAGGAACUCUAUGACUUAUUCAAGCGGGAACACAUGCUGAGCUGCUACUGGGCGCAGCCUGGACCUGUGGCCCUGCGACACGACCCCAGCAGGCCCUAUGCUGAGCAAUACCGCAUUGACGCCCGGCAGUUCACUCGCCUCUUCCUGCUGCUCUCGCCCUGGACCUGCGGGGCUCACACGGAGAUCCUGGCGGAGAGGACAUUCCGGCUGCUGGAUGACAAUGUGGACCAGCUCCUGGAGUUCCGGGCAUUCACGAGCUGCCUGGAUAUUAUGUACAAUGGAGAAAUGAAUGAGAAAAUCAAACUGUUGUACAGGCUUCAUAUCCCUCCAGCACUCACUGAAAAUGAUCGCGACAGCCAGUCACCACUGAAGAAUCCUCUGUUGUCGACGUCCAGGCCGCUGGUCUUUGGGAAGCCCAAUGGUGAUACAGUUGAUUACCGGAAGCAGCUGAAGCAGAUGAUUAGAGAUCUAGCAAAAGAAAAAGACAAAACCGAGAAAGAGCUGCCCAAAAUGAGCCAGAGAGAGUUUAUCCAGUUCUGUAAGACUCUGUACAGCAUGUUCCAUGAAGACCCAGAAGAAAAUGAGCUGUACCAAGCCAUCGCCACUGUCACCACACUGCUGCUGCAGAUUGGGGAGGUGGGCCAGCGGGGCAGCAGCUCCCAGGAAUGUUCAGAGGAGCUGCAGGCCCCUGCUCCCUCUCCUGACCAGGACUCCAUCUUUGUAGACCCUGGCAAGCCUGUCCAGGACGCCCAGCCAUUUCCUGAGGUGGUGGAAGGGGUCUGGACGGUCUCCCUGGAGCACAUUUUAGCAUCACUCCUUACUGAACAGUCCUUAGUGAACUUUUUUGAAAAGCCACUGGACAUUAAACCCAAACUUGAAAAUGCCAAGAUCAAUCAAUACAACCUCAACAAUCUUGAAAUGAGCCGCCACUUGCAACCUGAACUCAAGCUGGGUAAUGCAUAGAGGUGGGAGUUCACCGUAGUACAUACUGCAGUCUGCCACGGCAGGUGGGCUGCCUUCAGACCCGAAGCCUGGCUUUAUGCCCACGUUGGAAGCUGGGUAGCUGGAUAAACCACCUGAAUGCUGGCUGGGAAGAUGGUUAUUUCUAAUUAUUCUUUUAGGAGAAUCAUCAGUUGGACAGGCAGUGGUACAGGUAUCUUAUCAACUUGACACUGACUUGUGAUUUUACUUCUAGCAGUUUUGCUGCAAUGGGUGUUUCUGCUGUGAUGCUGGUAUCAUGAUAGAACACAGACUCAGACAUCAAACAAACUGAGGGCCAAGAAAAGCCCCAAGCUCUUAUUUUUCACUUACAAUGAUGAGAAAGGUCAAGAAUAAUCUUCACUUUUAAGAUCUUCAGAGCCAUUAUCCGUGCAAUUGUUUUUGGCUGUUUUUGCACUAAUUUUGUUUCAAUGCUGGUAAUUGAAACCAUUUUAAUACCUUUAGUUAUAUUCACUUUGGAUAUGUCCUUCCAAAAAUGUGUCCAAACUAUGCUUUCAAUGUUGACC